AUGUUAGGUGAUUAAAAGAAAACCUUAAUAAUUGGAACAUUGGGUGUUGUAGCUUUGACUGCUUAUAUAUGGUAGGUCUUUGAAAAGAAACAAAAACCUAAACUUACAUAAACUAUUAGUGAUGAGAAAUUAAUCAAGUUUAUAAAGGAUUUAAGGGCUUAAUCAUUCGUAUACUUUUUUUUAGUAUCAGACAUAGUCAAAUAGUGGAGAAUUGAAUACAAAGGAGAUCAUCAAGAAAUUCUAAUCAAAAUUAAAUAGGAAGUAGAACUUCUCUUUCAUAAGAAAUAAAAAAUGAUUCUUUGCAAGUUAGAUCUUGAUUAAAAUGAAGUUGAAUAAAGUCUUGCGUUGAGUUAAAAUGAAGAAGUCAAGAAUUUAUAUGAUUAAUUUCAAAAAUUAUAUGAAGAUGCACUUGAUGGCAUUUAACCAGAAAUAAAAUUAAGUCAAUAGACUUUAGCAAAAUUUAAUUAGGCGAAGUUGCUAAGAAUAAUUGGUUAAGUAUUAGCUGUAUCUGUCGAUAUGAUUUGUUUGGCAACAGAGGAACUAAUGUUAAGAUCCGAUUGCCCUUAGGAAUUUAACCUAGAUCAACCAAUUGUCAUCAAGGCAAUGAUAAAUAAUGGGUUCAUUGACAAAAAAUUGGAGUUGCUUUCCUCAUUCUAAAUUAACGAACAUGAAAAAGAGGAACCAUGCCCAUUAGAAUUAUUUUCCAAAUUGAUUCAAUAUUACAAAUUGGAGAAUCCCAAAUUUAAAUAAUGUGUUGAAGACAUCGAAAAUUUAUAUGAGAAUAUUAUUCAAAAAAUAUUAAAGAAGCAAAUAGAUUCAGAAAGUGCAAGAAGUGCAUCAACUAAGAUAGAUAUCGAUGAAAUUAUAAAGAAACUUACAUGA